AAUAAAAACAUAACGCAGAUUAAUCCAUUCCGUAUUGACCAUUGACCCGGAGCCAUUUUAGCCACCAUUCGACUGUAAAAUGAAGGAGGUGAGAAUGCGCUGCCUGCAUCAUUUAUUGGAAUAUUAACUCAUAAAAAACGGCCUGAUGGAAGUGUUGAUAAAAAUAAAAUCGUCUGCAGCAAGGAAUUUGCAUAUCACCGGAGUUUGUCAACUCUAGUUGACCACCUGAUAAGUAGGCCUCAAUGCAAAGCAUCCAGGAGUUAUGGUUAAUCCGGAGCUACGACCUAGCACGUCCCGUGAUACCAACUCUAGCAGUCAACGUCAUCUUCAAACCACACUGGAGCAAACACUGAAACGCAAACUUAGCAAAUCUGCAUGUGACCGACUGAGCAAUUCUCUUGUUAAAUGGAUUGCAAUGUCCUGCAGACCAGUUUCGUUGAUAGAAGACAGGGGGUUAGCAGAGGAUUUGCAAAUAGCCUCUUCAGACAUAACAUGUAACCCGCCAUCGCGAAACACCAUUAUGUUAAAAAUCCAGCAGCUGUACGACACUGAAAAAACAAACAAAAGGAGAUGUAUUGGUGGGAGCGGAAUAUAUCGCGCUGACAGGGGAUCACUGGACUUCAGUUAGCAAUCACAAUUACCUUGGUGUUACCUCACACAUCAUUGACUGUGAGUGGAAACUCCAGUCAUUUGCGUUAGCAAUGCUAACAACAGACACCAGGCCUUCCGCCGAUGCCUGCGCCCAGCUGUUUUUGUAUGUGGCGGAGGCAUGGGGAGUUCAACAAAAGAUCACCACACUCGGCACAGACAGCGCCCGAAACACGAUUGCUGCGGCGAGAAAGCUUCCAUAUAAGCACAUGCCUUGUGUUGCUCAUAUGUUACAGAGAAGCAUCCCUGUUUGCCUCGCAGACAGUGGGUUUCGUGACACAUUGGCAAAGUGCCGUAAGAUAGUGGGACAUUUGAAACAUAGCCCUGCCAAUACAGAGGAGCUCCACCAGCAGCAAAAUCAACUUGGGCAACUGACAGAAAGUCUGAUUCAGGACGUUCCCACAAGAUGGAACUUGUCACUCGCCAUGAUCUCUCGUGUCCUGAAGAACCAGGAGGCUAUCAAGGCUACACUGAGCCGACAGAAGCACAAGCUGACUAUGUUGACUACAUCUGAGUGGGACAAACUUCACAGGCUGGAAACCAUCCUUGAACCAUGCAGAUAUGUGACUGAGCUCCUUGGAGAUAUAAGUUUCUUGCUCUGUGGUGUUGCCUGCUCUCUGCCACCUGUACCGCUGUUAGGAAAAUCUCUAAAAGAUGUGUUCGUUUGAUUUCUGGAGGAAGGAGAGGCUGGGGUCGAAUUGAAAGUUAAGCAAGAGGUUUAAUGAAUAACACGAUGGAAACGACGGUCAAAACACAAUCAAACAUAAAACACUGCCAGCAGCAGACUGCAGACAUGCUUCCCCUUGUGGGGACACAGUUAGCAGCCAUGACAUGCCAAAACAAUACACUGUAAACAGCGGACUUCAACAUGGUUCCCCUUGCGGGGUCACAGAUUGAAGCCCCGAAUCUUUCUCCUGAUCCCACAUUUAUUCCUGUCUCUCAGGAUAAGGACACACCUCUGAAUUUCAGGUCA